AGUGAUUUCUUCCCUUCCUAAACCCUACUUCCCUGUUAUCCCCAGGAAGUGCUGCUCUCUUCCACGCCAGCAAUUCCGUUCCAAGCUCACUACUGUUGGAAUGUCUCGAUCGUCAAUCGAAGAGGUUUCAGAAUCCGGUGCUUUUGCUAGAACUCCAUCGAAAUUCCGGAAUUUCGUUUCUCAGGACCCAAAUUCUCCUUUCCCAGCAGAAUCUGGAAGGUACCAUCUUUACAUAGCCUAUGGCUGUCCUUGGGCAUGUAGGUGUCUUUCAUAUCUAAGAAUCAAAGGACUUGACAAAGUGAUUUCUUUCACGGUAGUGAAAUCCAAAUGGGAAAAUACAAAGGAAAAUGAUGAGCAUAUUGGAUGGGUUUUUCCGAGUUCCGAUGAUGAAGAACCAGGAGCAGAGCCUGACCCCAUCAAUGGAGCAAAGACAGUAAGAGAACUCUAUGAGCUUGCUAGCACUAGCAGAGACUACAAUGGAAAAUAUUCUGUUCCUGUUCUAUGGGAUAAGAAACUGAACACGAUUGUGAAUAAUGAGAGUUCUGAGAUCAUUCGCAUGCUUAAUAGUGAAUUCAAUAAUUUAGCAGAGAAUGCAGCGUUGGAUCUGUAUCCUCCUCACUUGCAAUCUAAAAUUGAUGAGGUUAAUGAAUGGAUUUAUGAGGGCAUAAACAAUGGUGUUUAUAGAUGUGGGUUUGCAAAGAAGCAAGCACCAUAUAAUGAGGCCAUUGAAAAGUUGUACAAAGCCCUUGACAGAUGUGAGGAGAUACUAAGCAAGCAAAGAUAUAUAUGUGGGAAUACACUAACAGAGGCAGAUAUUCGGCUCUUUGUAACCUUAAUAAGAUUUGAUGAGGUUUAUGCAGUUCACUUCAAGUGCAACAAGAGACUAAUAAGGGAGUACCCAAAUUUGUUGAAUUAUACCAAGGAUAUUUUCCAAAUCCCUGACAUGAGCAGUACAGUAAACAUGGAUCACAUCAAGCGACAUUAUUAUGGAAGUCAUCCUUCCAUGGAUCCAUUUGGAAUUAUCCCUGUUGGCCCCAACACUGACUAUUCCUCUCCUCAUGACAGAAGCAGGUUUUCUUCUUAGUAUGCAACAGUCCCAACCAAAUCCUGAAUAAAAGAUGAUCCUUUUGCCUUUGAGUGCCGUUUACUGUUAAUUCCAAUUUCCAAAUACUGCAUCAUCAAUGUUCUAACUUAGUCUGUGCAGGUAUCAAAUGCUCCUCUUUUAUGGAUUCUUUUCGCCUAGUGAAUUCAUGUGAUAUGCAUCCGUUCGUUUGAUAUAAAAAAUGUGUAACAUU